GUCUAGAUAGCGAGGAGGAGCGGUCUACGAUGGUCAAGACAGCGCCUCGUCUUGUCUUCAGGGCAGAGGUAUUUGCUCGACACUCGGACAUGAGUCGAUGCCUGCUCUUCUCGUUCGAAGGGUCGGGAGAAGGAAUGCUAGGGAUCAGGUUCAAGACUGUUGAAGAACUGCUCGUUCGACAUUGUGGGCGAGAACUCCUGCCAGACACAAGGCAGGCUCGACGGUCGCUCGCUGUUCUCUACAGGCUGGAUGUUCAUGCUUGGCUUUCGACUUUUGCGCUGGUAUCGAUGCCGAGUGAGUGCUUCACUGCAUGCUCCUCUGAGCGCUUGCUGACUCUUACUGCAUGCCGGUCGCGCGUCUCGAUAGGGGUAUAGGUAAUGCACGCAGGGCAUCGCAGAGUAUCGCAGAGCAUCGCAGGGUAUCGCAGGGUAUCGCAGAGUAUCGCAGAGCAUCGCAGGGUAUCGCAGGGUAUCGCAGAGCAUCGCAGGGCAUCGCAGAGCAUCGCAGGGAUUCACAGAGCAUCGCAGGGAUUCGCAGGUCUAUGGUCGGCGUCCAGGAUUGCGGACUUCGACAUGGCUUGUGUGCGCUUUCUCUACUUUCGUCGGGCUUGCGUUUUGCUUUGAUUCUUGACUUCCUUUCACAGUUUUUGACUUCUUUUGGAUUGAUUGCAUAGCGCUGGUCGCAGAUUCACGCACCGGAUUGAAGCCGUUUGAAAGUGGACUGCGCACUGGCUUGGUCGGUUCGAUUAUAGAAAC